AUGGAACCGAACCAUUCUAUCCGCUCGUACCCAGCCUCCAGUAUCCUCGUUAGAGAAUGUGCACCAGAAGGUCAGGAUACGGGCGCCAUCAUUGGUCUUACCCCAGCGAGCAAAUUUACCUUUAGAAACCUUUUGGUGGGUUUGAUCGAUGGUGGCUGGCCAGUAAGGAUAGGACGAAUAACGACAAAGGACAAGCUCACCCAGCUUGAAAGGGAGGUCUUCGUCCGCAUCGACUUCGUCGGAACGCUUCUUUGGUCCCAUGGCUGAAGUCUAAACGGAAUGGUCCUACACCGAGUAGAUAGUCGAACCCGUGAAGAAGAUGGCAGCAAGGGGUGUAGUCUUUGCUUGUUGAUUUCGAGUUGCUUUGCGUGCCGUGCUACGCAGAAUCGAAAUAGGGCGCAAUGCGAGUGAUAAGAUCCAAGAAAGGGCAGAGUCUGGAAAGGCGAAAAAUGGCGGUCGACCUGCAGGGAUGAUCGCAAACGAAGAUAACACGUGACCUAUCCACUGUUGGGCUUGGAUUACAGUCGGUUGAGUGCGGUAGCAGCGAAAUCAGUUUCCAGGGGACUUGAAAGGGUGUUGACAGGCGCUCUUAGCGAAAGUGGGACUGCUAUAUUCGCAAGGAUGAGGACGGCACGUAAGGAGCGUACCAGAAACAAGCGCCCUCACGAGGCGACCACCGCAAGCCUGAAGAAAUUUUCUCUAGCUGUGGGCUAAAGGUGCGGGUUUGGUUCCGGAAGAGCCACGCAAACGAUGUCUGUAUCCAGCGACGGCGAAUUGAACUGCAAAUACGUAGGACGGAAUGCGGAAUGCGGAAUCAGUACCCGCCGUAGCUCUCAGACUGCGCAAAUGAAACCGUUCAGCCGUCAGUUUGCAGAGAUGAAAAUGAAGAGAUCAGCUGGGAGUCGGCAAGAAAGUCCAAAAGCGAUUGCGGGUCAAGAACAGACAAGCAGUUGAACCACGGGUGAGUUGUCAGUGAUAGUUUGGAAAGAAAGGGCCAAGAGAUUCCGCGAGAAUGUGUCUGCUUAUGUACCGGGUGCGCGAGGAGAAGGGCUGACGAGUCGGGAACGAGUUUGGAAAGAUUAGAGGAAUGCGAUUUGGCACAGUUGCUUGUCGAGCGGUGUAUGUUUGUGUGUGCCUCAAGCAGAAAUCUGCAAAUUGAAUCUCACGCUUGCAAACUGAGAUGUUGCCCGCCCUCGCUUGACCUGUCUAUAGCGACUUUGGCCGUAUUUUCGCGCCAAUAAUUUUGAUCCCUUCAUCGAAAUGUGAGUGUACAGUACUCUCGACCACUCUGUAAUGCUUCCACACAUGUUUACAGUACAGGAGCAAUCUCAGUUGUUCGCCGUCACUGGAACCGAAGCAAUUUACAAUCUCACCUGCCUUUCAGUUCAAUCCUCCGCUCAUGGAAAAGCGACCUUAAAAAUUGUCCCUACCACAUCCCCUCUCUCACCCGCUCCCAUCUUUCAUGGCCCAGAACAUCCCUGCUCAGCUCUCCUUCUCAUCCCCACUGAAAGUAAAUCCUCCUGCUCUCGUGGCCACGCAAUGUGAUGUCCGCCAAUGAUCCUGGCCACUUGCAAACACCAUUCAGACGUCUUUUCCUCGCCCCUUCUAUUCAAUUAGGAAACAACGAAAACUCAGAGCCUCAAUUGUUCCUUCAGAAGACCUAAAGAUAAAUUACAUUCGAGAAAAUCUGAGCAGAUGCACAUAUCGUCCUUCAGUGCAUUCUUAAAUUGAAUGUAGCAACGAAUUCGUCUUCAUUCCCUCACCCAGCGAUCAUUCAAGUGUCGGUACAUUGAAGCGGCUUUCAGCAAGCAUACAGCCUGGCAAUCAAAAUCUGCUUCAAUUGCUUUUUGCUGUCCACAAACGCGAGUGCAUUUUCCGUUCUUCUUUCCGUAUGCUCAGCGUCUCUACAUAUCUCUUCUUCUCCAAUACAAUGAAAGCUGUUGCCUCUGUUCGACCUUACCUCUUAUCUUUGUAUCAUUUUAUCUGUUAAAAAAGAGGGCAUCGCAUGGCAGUUUCAAAACAACGAAGGAUUUUUGCCGACAGCCUUCUCCACGUGCCUUGAUCAAUCAAGAUGCGAAGCAUUUAUUUGGCAUAGUGGACGUCUCCCUUUCUUGUCAAAAAACUGACAUUGAAAACAGUGCUGACUCACCCAAGCGCACACAUUUGCAGCUGGGGAGAGGAGGAGACCGAAGCCUGCAGUCUUAUUCAAGUAGAAAGGCGUCGUCCUUGUCGUGCUUUCGUUAUCAAGAGCAAGUGCUGAUGUGCCCUCAAAUACUGAAAUUGGAAGCGGCCGUAUCAAGACAAAGCCGAAAUCUGCAUUGGGGUAGAAGUGUUGUAUUUCAUGGUACCUUCGUACAGUAUACAGAACGCGGCUGCAGGUGAGGCUUUUUGCUAUUAAUAGCCCAACGUUGAGCAUGCCAUUCCUCAAAGGCACAGCUCUGUACUCGAUGUCCAUGAAAAGUGGGCGACAGCAGGAACCAGAACAUCUGGCAACAUUGAUGCGUCCAACCAGUCACUUGGAGGAAAUCCAGAACCCCUCCUUGCGCUAAACAGCACAUACGUAUGUACGUACCGUACAGUAUGUAUGCUCUUAAACUUCUUAAUUGCGUACAUUCUGGAGCACGUCAGUCCAGGUCCUUAUUUCAUCAGACUAUUCGACUUUCGCCGGCACAACCACAACAACAUUCCUGAACAAUGUUCGAGAACUAUAAAGAAUGACAACAUUCCCGGAAGAAAUGUAA